AUGUCAACAUCAAAUCCCCAAUCACCACGAGGCGCGGCUGCCACGGAAAAGCAGAAGAGGCGUGCUAAUUCAUGUUUGCCAUGUCGCGAGAGCAAGUCACGAUGCACCGGCGGUAUACCUUGUGCGACAUGCUUAAAGAAGCGUCAAAAGCCCCGAUGUGUCUAUCGCAACUUGACCCCCAAAGAGGUAGAAGCCGAUGAGCUUCUAGAAAACACCCUCCCGGAGCAAGAAGAGGAUGAUCUUCUGGCCUUCGCUUGCCAGCAAGAGCCCGGGAUCAAUGAAGAUCCUGGGCAUACUGAUGAUGGUACCUUGGUCAUCCCCCUUGGAGAAUUUUUUGGCUUGUUCUCCUUGUCGCGGACCGUUGAUGAGUACAGACAGAGCGCCCGGUCUGAAGGCUCGACCCAAGAUGUCGUGGACUCGUUGCUGACCACCCAAGCCCUCCUGGCCGAAUCGACUGAUAGGCAAAGCUCAUCGUCGUUGCAGCCAACAGUGGUUCAAUCAGCAGGAGCGAUCGAAACAAGCAGACCUCUGCUAUCAAUAGAUAUGGAUUUGCAGCUUCCGAAACACAUUCGGUGGCUGUACUCAAAAUAUGUUUCAAUCUGCCAAAUGCUUGACACCGGUCGGGUGACUCAAGGAUGGACUACCUUUCCUAGCCUUAUGCGCGAGGUUGAGCUAUGUGGAAUGGACCAAGAACGCACUGCCGAAGAAAGUACAUCGAGCCCUGAAAUCACCGAAGCUUGCCGGCGUCUUUGGUGGCACCUCAUUGAUUUGGAUCUUCGACUGAGCCUCCUCGUGGGCCGUAAGCCUCAUCUACACUCGAAUGCCUUGAGAUUUCCGCGACCGUCUUUCAGUGGCUUAAAGCCCGAUGAGAAACGUCUUCAGCAGAGUAAGUUUGACUUCAUACAAUUCAAGAUGGAAGUCUUGACUUCCAUCAACACCGAUCACACUCAGGCGACCGCAGUACCUGAAGAUCGACAACCAAAACAGGAGGUAGUUCUCAAAAAGUUCGAAAGACUCCAGGAGAAAGCUCCUGGACCCUCUCAGGACGGUUCCAAGGAUAUUGUUCAUUCCCUUGCUGUCGCCGAACAUCAAUUGGACAUACAUUUGUUCUCAAUUGUGUUUCACCAUCACCUUACCCGUGUCACCAGUUUGGACCAAGCCCAACAACCAUCUGGUCGUGAUAAGCCGUCAGCUGGGCACCCAAAGGUGGUCAAGUCUCGCAACUUGCGAAAACAAUCGUCUGGAAAAUCACAGAAGGACAUGUUCCAAUCAGCUCGGCGGGUCAUGGAAAUCUUCGACUACAUUUUCAUUUCGGACACAUCCAGAUCUGCUCUGUCUUGGACACAGUGUUUUGGAGCGUACUUGGCUGCAGUGAUACUUGGUAUAGCUCGUCUUCGACAAGACGUUGACCUCUCAACGGAUUCGUCGCGCAUACAGCAAACUCUCAAGGUCUUUCAGGAGCUCACGUCCGCUGUACCAGCUUUGAAUAUUGCUCAGCUUGUAGCAGGCUCCUUGGAAAAUCUGACCAUCGCCCUUGACGAUCUCGAGAAUGGUCGGGAUGCACCUAGUAAGAGCGAGCCUUUGCAGAUGAAGCGCAGUCCAACGAUGUCCGGAAAGCCAGAUGCUUCAUCCAGUACAGCACGACAUAAAGGGACAACAGACGUCGAAUCAAUAGAUACUUCCUUUCAAAGGCCCGGCAAACGUCCAAAUCCUUCGGGCUACGAUGUUGAUCAACAUCAAGAUAAGCGAGCCAGGUUCUCUACGAAGGUUCCUCCAUUCGAUGGCUGUCGACCAAGCGUUCCAGAUUGGUCAGCUUGUCAAGAGCAUCAAUAUAUCCAACAGGGGUCAUCAGUCAGCGAUAUUCCGAUGGAGUCUUUUCACGAUCAGUCUGCAUCAGCGAGUUUCGAUCAACCAUUUCCACACAGUGCAUCAACUUCUUUUACAGGUAACGAGCCAAUGGAAUAUAGUAAUCUAGAGUAUGGGUCAAGCCAAGAUGGCAGUCAUCACUACAGUUCCGUUGAACCAUGGUAUCACCCUCCCAUGUCAAUACAUCCACCCAUGUAUGACAGGCUCUGGCAGGCUCAAGGUGCGUCACUCACUAUGGUUGGGGAUGAUGGAAUUCAACAUUCAUUCUACGGUAAUCCUUCAUCCAUGACGAUGAACGCUCCACAUCACUUGGAUCAGCAAUUGCACAGCCAGCAAUCCAUGAUGCUGAAUGCAAUGGGACAAAUGAACGCAGCGCAUGUCCAUGAUGGUUCACUCAAGGACAAUUCAGCCAUCCGUGGACCCACGCACACCUCGCUUGGACCUGAUCAGGUCCAGCCUCCCCAAAACGCUUUUUACGGUACAGUGGAAGAAACCCAGUAUCCCGCAGCGCAGCAUCCCUCCAGUUCACCGAUAAUAGGAAACGGACUUACGCCACGAGAGGGUGUGUUUGUAUACCCUGCGGACUCCUCUCGUCGACGAAGCGUAGCAGACAUCAAUCAACAGCAACGGGGAGGGUGGAGUGUGGAGACGCCUGCCAACUAUAACGAUCUACAAACCCGAGGGAAAGUCAAGCCAAGUAUCGACAAAUCUCGAAGCCCUCCACGAGAUGGUAUUCUGUCACCACCAAGUGAAGCGGGGCCACAAUCUCGCCGUAAUUCAGCGACUCCUAGACAGAUCGGCCAGCAAGGAAUGCAGGCCAGUUUAACACAGCACCUUGAUUUCUCUCUCGAUGAUUAUCACCCGCCCAUGAUGCUACCAGGGCACGCUAUGCAUCCAGAAGAGUACCCCGGGUCACGGAGGGCAUCGCUCGCACGUGGACUCGAUGUGUCGAUGAACGAAGUCAAUGUUAAUAUCCCACCGCAAGUAAACAUCAUCUCCGAACAAGCAGCUGCGUGGCAAAGCCAGAGACGUACGCCCGCAAGCCAAACACACUUCGACACGACCGACACGAUAAGUUACGAUCUAGAAAUGACAUAUAAUACACAGUUUCACCAGCAUCCACAUCAACAACAGCAAAGCCUACACCACCAUUACCAUCACCUCCAUCACGAAUUUCCUGGCCCUCCAGGCCAGAUUGUCACAACAGGGCCAUACCCUGGCGAACGCCGAUGGUGGGGAAGUAGUUAG